AUGCUCAGCCUCUUCCGGGAGGACAGGGACAUGCAGAGGAUCGACACGCUCCGCUCGCUCGGGCGCGACCCGCGCACGGCAGGCUCGGCGAGGGCGUCCUCCCGCUCGCUGCCCGAGGCCGGCGCCCUGCACGACCCCGCGGAGGGGCCGACGCCCCAGAGCCAGGGCCAGGCGGGCCGCCGGGGGCAGGGCGCGACCGGCAGCGGCGGCGCGGCUGGCGCCCCCAGAGGGCAAGUGUCCCGCGGACAGGCCGCGGACCCGCUGCCUCGGCUGCUGCAGGGACUGCGGGCCAAGCUGCUGAGCGCUUUCGGCGGCCUGGGAAAGGCGUAUCAGUUGUUUGCCCACGCCGAGGGCGUCCUGACGCGCCCGUCGUUCGAGCGCCUCUGCGAGGUAGUUGGGUUUGGCCGCGAGGCGGCUGGGGCCAUGUUCCCGUUUAUCGUGGCGCUGCGCUCGGGUAGCGCCGGGCGCGAGGUUGCGGGGGAGCCGCACAUCAGCAGUGUGGACUUCGUGAGGGCCCUCCGCUGGAGCAGGCCCGUGGCCGAGCUCUCCUCGCUGCGCCAGCGCCUCAAGGUCCGCUUCGGCGGCCUCCGCGAGGCGUUUGCUGAGGGCACUGGUGGGGAGAAGGAGAUGACCUGGCCGCAGUUCCGCGCGCUGGUGGAGAGGACGUGCGUGGAUCCCACUUCGGCGCAGAGCCUCUUCUGGCAGAUACUCCGGCACGGCAGGUACACGCGCCUGGCCUGCCGCGAGCCCACCGCCACACGCGCCGACUUCCUGCGCGCGCUGCGGCACGCGGAGGGCCUCUCGGCCGCAGCGCGGCUGCGGGCGCGGCUGCGGGAGGCCCGCGCGCGCUGCGGGCGGCCGCCGCCGGAGCACCUCGAGGCCCUGCCCGCCGACGCCGGCGACCGCGCCGAGCAGAGCAACGGAGGAUGCGGGAAGACAUGGAGGAGAUCCAGAUGUUUCCUCGGAAGCUGCGGUCCCGGCCCCUGCAGCGGGAGGACAGGGGCUGCAGGCCGUGCUCGAGCCCCUACAGCUGCCGGCGGGGGACGCCAGCGCGCUCUUCCGCGCGGCCGCGAGCGCAGGCCACCACGGCGCGCCGUUCGCGUGGGACGUCGCGGCGUUCGCCCUCGGCGGCUGGCGGGCACUGAGGCGGCUGGUGAGGCCAGCUGA